CCUUUCUCUCCUUCCUCCCGUCUUUCUUUCUCUCUCUCUUUCUUUCCGCGUGGAAUUCUAGUGAGAGAGAGUAAUGGCGGUACCGGAGAGGCGAAACGGCUUGUUGGACAACGGCGACGAAGAAGACGCAAUUUUAAUGGAGGAAGGAGAUGCAUUAAGGCUGGAAAACGAGGUUGUCAUUCCUCCUCACCUCCAUGAAUUCGCUGCCGCCACCAAGUUAGGCGAUGUCUUUUCCCUUCGCAUUGCCCUAGAUCAUUUAAAUGGAAGUAUAAAUGAGCCCGUGGAAGAUGGUGAUUCUGCACUUCAUCUUGCAUGUUUGUAUGGCUAUUUUCCAUGUGUUCAACUACUGUUGGAAAGGGGUGCUAACAUUGAAGUUAAAGAUGAAGAUGGUGCGAUCCCUCUCCACGAUGCUUGUGCAGGAGGUUUUGCUGAUAUUGUUCAACUUAUAUUCAACCAUGCGUGUAAUCUUGAUACUAUAAACAGAAUGUUACGAACUGUUGAUGUUGAAGGUGACACUCCUAUGCAUCAUGCAGCGAGAGGUGAACAUGCUAAUGUUGUGAGAUUAUUGUUAGCUGCUGGUGCUCCUCGUGCAACAGCUAAUAUUUAUGGGGAGAUCCCGCGUGACUUGGCUGAUCCCAACACAGAAGCUUGGAGAAUACUCGACGGGAACAAUUAAUUGAGUUGCUUAACUGUACUUGACAGUUAUAUAUGCUAUCCCGUCCAUUGAAGAUGUUGAAAUUUUUAUUUAUUUUUACUAUGAUCAACUAACAAUUUGCUUUAGAUUAUCAAACAGUUAUAGAAUUUUUGGU